ACAUAUUUCGAACAGUUCUUUGCGAACUCUUCAAGAGUGAAAAUCGAAAAAAAAAACGUCGAUUCGAAUUGUGAAUAAAAAAAAAUUAAGAAAACUAAAUGACUAAAGGAUAAUAUUCUACAACAUGAUAUCAAGGACUAACAAGGAUAUUUUGUAAUCAACGACAGGAUCUAUCAAGGAUAACACCAACAUCAGUGUAGUUAAUAAAUUAUGAUUACAGCCAACUUCAAGUGCUAAAGAGAAUGAUUUAGCAGAAUCUAUAGAAACACUUAAUUUUGGAAUUUUAAAACAAACCGUGAAACAAUAAACAGUGCAAUAUGGCGCAGGAUGCAGAAAAAGGAGAGCCUCAAUAUGACAUCCAAUUUGCCGAGGAGUACAUACUCACCGAUAUCGAGAAAUCAUUCAUUUUGGCAGCAGAACGUGGUGAUCUUCAAGGUGUUAAAUCAAUUAUUGCCGAAAACAAAGGUCAACCGGAUAAAUUCAAUAUAAACUGUGUUGAUCCCAUGAAUCGCUCCGCACUUAUUUCGGCCAUAGAAAAUGAAAAUUACGAUUUAAUAGUUGUCCUGCUGGAGGAGGGUAUUCAAGUGGGAGAUGCUCUACUGCAUGCCAUUUCGGAAGAAUAUGUCGAGGCAGUCGAAGAGCUUCUGAUGUGGGAAGAACAGAAUCAUAAGGAGGGUACACCAUAUAGUUGGGAGGCGGUGGACCGUGCCAAGUCAACAUUUACAACGGAUAUAACACCCUUAAUAUUGGCUGCCCAUCGGAAUAAUUAUGAAAUUUUAAAAAUUUUGCUGGAUCGUGGAGCCACUCUUCCUAUGCCCCAUGAUGUCAAAUGUGGCUGUGAUGAGUGCGUUACUUCGCAGGAAACCGACUCACUGCGCCACUCUCAGUCUCGUAUUAAUGCAUAUCGCGCUUUAUCUGCAAGUUCUCUGAUUGCUCUUAGCUCACGUGACCCCGUCCUGACAGCGUUCGAAUUGGCUUGGGAAUUGAAGCGUCUGCAAAGUAUGGAAUCGGAAUUUCGUGCAGAAUAUGGGGAAAUGCGACAAGGAGUACAGGAAUUUGCAACGUCGUUGUUGGACCACGUUAGAACAUCGACUGAGCUGGAGGUCAUGCUAAAUUACAAUCAUGAACCAUCGAAUGAUAUCUGGACUCCAGGAAAAAGACAAACAUUAGAGAGACUGAAGCUGGCUAUUCGUUAUAAACAGAAGACAUUUGUUGCUCAUCCCAACGUACAACAGUUACUGGCCGCCAUUUGGUAUGAAGGUCUGCCGGGAUUUCGACGAAAAACGGCAUCUCAACAAAUUAUGGAGGUUACUAAACUGGGAUGCAUGUUUCCCAUCAACAGCAUGAACUAUUUGAUGUGCCCCGAUUCAGAAGCUGGCAAAUUCAUGAAGAAACCUUUUGUAAAAUUCAUAUCGCACUCCUGCUCUUAUAUGGUAUUUUUAAUGCUUCUGGGUGCUGCUUCAUUGAGAAUUGUGCAAAUUACGUUGGAGUUGUUAGCUUUCCCCUGGAUGUUGGCGAUGUUGGAGGAUUGGAGAAAGCAUGAAAGAGGUUCAUUGCCAGGACCUAUUGAAUUGGGCAUCAUUACAUACAUCGGCAGUUUAGUCUUUGGCGAAUUGAAAACUCUUUACUCAGAUGGCAUCUUUGAAUACAUUGCUGAUCUUUGGAAUAUAGUUGACUUUAUUUCGAAUAUGUUUUACGUCACCUGGAUUCUUUGUAGGGCUACAGCUUGGAUUGUAGUUCAUCGAGAUUUAUGGUAUCGCAACAUAGACCCUUAUUUUCCACGAGAACAUUGGCAUCCCUUCGACCCUAUGCUCUUGUCUGAGGGUGCCUUUGCUGCUGGCAUGGUAUUUUCAUAUUUAAAAUUGGUGCACAUAUUCUCCAUAAAUCCUCAUUUGGGACCUCUGCAAGUGUCUUUGGGCCGCAUGAUAAUCGAUAUCAUAAAGUUCUUCUUCAUCUAUACAUUGGUCCUGUUUGCCUUUGGCUGUGGUCUCAAUCAACUACUGUGGUAUUAUGCCGAAUUAGAGCAACGCAAAUGCUAUCACCUGCACCCGGAUGUGGCUGACUUUGAUGAUCAGGAAAAAGCAUGCACCAUAUGGAGAAGAUUUUCAAACCUUUUUGAAACCUCACAAUCUCUAUUUUGGGCUUCAUUUGGCUUGGUCGAUUUAGUCUCAUUCGACUUGGCUGGUAUUAAGAGCUUCACCCGCUUCUGGGCCUUGUUGAUGUUUGGCUCCUACUCGGUAAUCAAUAUCAUUGUAUUGCUCAACAUGUUAAUUGCCAUGAUGUCAAAUUCCUAUCAAAUCAUUUCGGAACGUGCCGAUGUUGAAUGGAAAUUUGCUCGCUCCCAACUAUGGAUUAGCUAUUUUGAAGAUGGUGGCACUGUUCCUCCCCCCUUCAACAUGGUGCCAUCAGUGAAGCUUUUGAAAAAAGCUUUUGGCAAGGUCUCCCGCAAACGAACGAAAAGCUUUAUGCGUAAAUCUAUGGAGAAGGCAUUGGCUCUGCAUGAGAAAGUAAUGAAACUUUUAAUACGCCGCUAUGUCACUGCUGAACAAAGACGACGUGACGAUUUUGGCAUCACCGAAGAUGACAUUAUCGAAGUGCGCCAGGACAUUAGUUCGCUGCGUUUUGAGCUAUUGGAAAUUUUCCAAAACAACAACUUUGAGGUGCCGGAUAUAGAAAAGAAAACAGCGGCCGCCGUCAACAAAAAAGGCAAAGUCAUGGAACGUCGUAUUCUCAAAGAUUUCCAAAUUGGUUUCGUCGAAAAUAUCAAAGAAGAAAUGACCGAAGGAACGGACAUAUUCUCAUCCUUAGCCAAGGCAAUGAAGAGAAAGUCGCAGAAAGGCGAAAAAGACUGGAAUGCUAUUGCCCGCAAGAACACAAUGGGAGCAGAUCCAAUUGGUUCCAAACGCUCUUCGCUGCAACGACACUCGCAACGCAGUCUCAGACGCAGAAUCAUAGACAAUGCCAAUGAAGGCCUAAAGAUGAAUCAAAACCAACUUAUUGCAUACAAUCCUAAUCUGGGCGAAGUUACUAGAGCGACGCGAGUGGCUUAUGUCAAGUUUAUGAAGAAGAAGAUGGAGGCUGAUGACACUGCACAGGCAGCAGAACCCGAAGCAACAACAACAACAACCGAUGAAAAGAGAAAAACAAUGAAACGAGUACAGACUAGAAAGGGUGACGCCCCAGAUGCAAAAUCACCAGCACCAAGUGCCGACAAACCAGCUCCCGCUGCGGCAAAACCUGCUGGUGGACCAGCACCACCAAAUAAACCUGAUGGACCAGCUGCUAAACCUGCUGUGGCCAAACCUGGUGAAGCCACAAAACCCCCUGCGGCUGAUGCAAAGAAAGACGACGCAGCCAAACCUGGUGCAGCUGGAACUGCAGCAGCAGCAAAAGGAGCUGCUCCUACGGCACCAGGAAAACCCGACGCAAACGCAAAACCUGCAACAGAUGCUGCUAAACCCCCUGCAGGUGGUGCAGCUAAGCCCACGGACGGCGAAGAGAAAAAAGCCGCUGAUAAGAAACCCGAUGAUAAAAAAGCCGACGAUAAGAAGACCGAAGAAAAGAAACCAGACGACAAAAAACCCGAUGACAAGAAACCCGAUGAUAAGAAACCUGAUGACAAAAGUGCUGGUGAUAAGAAACCCGAUGCUAACAAGCCCGAUGACAAGAAACCCGACAAAAAAGCUGAAGAGAAAAAGCCCAAAACAAACUUGGGUCAAAGUAGUGCAGCUGCCGGUGGAGAUCGAGGCAAAUCGACUGUUACUGGGCGCAUGAUUUCGGGUUGGCUUUAAGCACUCACAUAGCGCCGGAUAAUCACUACCGCCUAAGACAUAAGACAAAUAAAUAACUAAUACCUAUUUUUUAAAUUAACAUUAAAACGUAUUAAUAAAAUGAAACAAAUAUUGCAAAAUUCA